CUCGCGGUGAGCCCGUCAGUCCCCGCACUGUGCUCGCCUCCGUCUGGGCCAUGGAUGGCGGGGGUCUGAUGAGCUUCUUUCUUCUGGCAUCAUUAACGGACCUUUUACCAUGAACAAUUCCACUCCUUCUGCAGGUGUAUACGAUGGCAGCAGCUGAAGACGAGUUACUGCUCCCGCGGCUCCCCGAGCUGUUCGAAACCAGCAAGCAGCUUUUGGAUGAAGUGGAAAUCGCAGCUGAACCCACCGGCUCCCGAAUAAUCCAAGAUAAGGUGUUCAAGGGACUGGAUCUCCUGAAGAAGGCUGCUGAAAUGUUGUCACAGCUUAACUUGUUCAGCCAAAAUGAAGAUUUGGAGGAGAUCGCGUCCACUGACCUGAAGUACCUGAUGGUGCCAGCAUUUCAAGGAGCGUUCACCAUGAAACAAGUCAGUCCCAGCAAGCGUCUAGAUCAUUUGCAGUGGGCUCGAGAACACUUCUUAAACUUCUUAACUCAGUGCCAGUACUAUCAUGUGGCAAAGUUUGAGCUGCCCAAACCCAAGACCAACUUAGCUGGAAAUAACACUGCUAAUUCCUCCAUGGCCUAUCCUAGCAUCAUUGCUAUGGCAUCUCACAGACAGGCUAAAAAAGAGAGAUACAAGCGGAAGAAGGAGGUGGAGCAUAGGUUGUCUGCACUGAAAUCUGCUGUGGAAAGUGGUCAAGCAGAUGACGAGCAUGUUCGUGAAUAUUACCUCCUUCACCUUCAAAAGUGGAUUGGUAUCAGCUUAGAAGAGAUUGAGAGCAUUGACCAGGAGAUAAAGAUCUUGAGAGAAAAAGACUCCACACACGAGGCAUCAACUUCUCAGUCAUCUCAUCAGGACAGGCCUCCAAUGAAACCGUUUGUUCUCACUCAGAACAUGGCCCAGGCCAAAGUAUUUGGAGCUGGUUAUCCAAGUCUGGCAUCUAUGACAGUGAAUGACUGGUAUGAACAGCAUCGGAAAUUUGGAGCAUUACCAGAUCAGGGAAUAGCCACGACAAUGUCAGAGUUCAAAAGAGCCCCUCAGCAACAAGAAGAUCAGGAGCAUGAGGAGGAAGAGGUUGAUGAGCAGGCAGUGUGCAGAGCUCGCGAGUGGGAUGACUGGAAGGACACCCAUCCUAGAGGCUAUGGCAACCGGCAGAACAUGGGUUAGCCUCCCCACAACGAGACAGGACAACAGGGGCUUACAUCUUCCCCGCCAAGGACAGUAGUGCUGUCUCCCCCUCCCUGCUCUUCUGCUUCAGCUCUGUACAAUGAAGGCAGAGAUGCUUAGUCUUGCUUAGCAUUCAAUAAAAUGUCAAGCAAUAAAGUGUGUAUUUGUACCCUAAAUGAUAAGCCAGAAAUCUUGUUUUGGCAUUAAUCAUUCUCAUCAUGAUAUAUUUUAAUUUUCUUAAGUGGAAAGAAAAGAGGACUGAGAAAUGGCUCUGUAUAAUCAAUCAGUGGUUGUAUGAAUUAUCUUUAAAAAAAAAAAAAAAAGUUCCCUUCUAUCACAUGCGCCUGUGCGGAAAAUAAAUAAAACAAUUAAAAAAAAAAGAAA